UUGCUUUGAGGGAAGAAGCCGAGAGGCUAUGGCGGCGACCGCAGGCUCGGCCCUGUCCGUGUCCCUGACCGUCCGGCAGGGAGAGCGAGCGGGUACCGAGUGACCCCGGCUGGUGGGUGGGGAGGCCAGACAGGAGGCCCCUCACCCUCUCUCUCUCUCUUCCCUCAUGCCGACCCCGAAUGUCCCGCGGCGAGAGGCGGAGAGCGGCGGCGGCGGCCUCCCCGUCCCGGCCUCCUCCACCCCCUCCAACAACAACAACGACAGUUCCCAGGCCGGCUCAUGCCCACCGCCGCCUCAGAACGGGCCUGGGCCCGAGCCCGGUCCAGCGGGGACACCGGCCAGCUCUUCACCCGCCGCCUCCCUUCCCCAGCCCCAGCCGCAGCCGCCGGUCCCGGCUCCCUCUCCUGCACCGACCCCUCUCCGAGUCAUGCCGCUACCCGAACGUCAAAAUCAGGCCGGGCCCCAACCCGCUCCUCAGCCCCGGCCCCUCUCAGGAGGAGGAGGAGGAGGCGGCGGGAUGCCUCCCUCCCCGGCGUUGAUGAAGACCGCGGCGGUAACCACCAGCACGGCGGCAGCUGCAGCAGCAGCAGCAACCGGGAGCCCGCUCCCAGCCUCCAGGGCUCCUACUGUCACCGUCCAAAGGAUCAGCGUCUCUUCCCCGCACAUCAAAACCUCUGCCCCGCUCAACCAGGUCACAGUCCCCCUCCUGCAGAACCUCCAGGUGCCAGCAGGCAUGGUGCUUGUUCGAAGUGACAGUGGACAGUUAGUGUUAGUUCCACAGAAAGUCAUUGCUCAAGCCCAGGCUAAAGCCCGAGCACAAGGCGCUGGAAACAUCUCAUCUGCAGUAUCUACUGGCACACCCUCAGUCCGAAUUUCUACCGUACAGGCAACUGGGACCCAGAGGAUUCCCAAUCAAGUGAAAACCUCUACCCAGCAAAUGAACCAAUUCCAAGCUGGAGGCCAGACAAAUGCUGCACCACAACGCAUCACAGUCGUGCAGCAACAGGCUGCAGGUGGAGCGAUUAUGCCAAAGACUGUAUCAACGAUUGUCCAAAAGCAAACAUCGGCACCAGCAGACCGUUCCGUCAGUGUGCCUGUUGCGCAGACAACUGCUUCUCCGGAAACUUUGGAAAAUGUGAAGAAAUGCAAGAACUUCCUUGCAACAUUAAUUAAGCUGGCUUCCAGUGGCUCUCAGUCAGCACAAAUGUCUAGUAACGUGAAGGCUUUAGUGCAGAAACUGUUGGACGGAAAGAUGGAAGUAGAGGAAUUCACAGAACAAUUAUAUAAAGAGCUUAAGUCCUCACCACAGCCUUAUCUUGUGCCUUUUCUCAAGCGAAGUUUACCAGACUUGCGGAAGUUGAUGCCGAAUUCUCAGGCUUUCAUUCAACAGUGCCUACAGAAACCUGCAACUCCAGCUGCUCCCAUUGCGGCUUCGUCUGGAGGGUCAAAACAAGUCAGCACAGGGCAGGCAUCAAAGAGUAUCACAGUAAUGAGUGCUUCACAGCCGGCCAAAGUCUUACAGACUCUGCCAUCGUCACAGAUGGUUGUCCAACAGUCUGGAGUAGUAAUAAAGUCACAAGCAAGCCCCCUGCCAAAGACCCAGACAGUGACUUUGCAAAAACCCCCAAACCAUAUCAUUGUCCCCGUAUCUCAAAAUCAGGCCAAAGAAACUAAAGCAGGUGCUGCAACAUUGGUCACAAAAGUAACGCUCUCUCAAGUUAACAAAAAUCCAACGAAUGUUCUAAUACGAGCCUCGCCUGGUCAAAUACUAAAAAAAGAAGCUGGAGGCACAACGUUCAGGGAGGAGGAUGACAUCAAUGAUGUGGCCUCCAUGGCUGGGGUUAACGUCAAUGAAGAGCGCGCACGCAUUCUUGCAACAAACUCAGAAUUGGUGGGCACUAUUAUCCGGUCCUGUAAAGAUGAAGCAUUUCUCUCCUCUGCAUCCCUGCAGAGAAAAGCUUUGGAAAUAGGGAAGACGCACGGUGUGACCGAGGUGAAUUCUGACGUUUUGAGCACCAUAUCUCAUGCCACGCAAGAACACUUACGGGAACUCGUGGAAAAGCUCACAGUAAUUGCACAGCAUCGGAUGAUGACGUAUAAGGACAAUGACCGAUACAGCCUAUUGAAUGAUACUCGGUCACAACUGAAGUUUUUUGAGCAGUUGGAUCGACUGGAGAAGCAGCGGAAAGAUGAAGAUGAAAGAGAAGCACUGCUAAGAUUAGCGAAGAGUCGAGCCAAGCAUGAAGACCCAGAACAACUUAGGUUAAAGCAGAAAGCCAAAGAGAUGCAACAAUUAGAACUUGCGCAGCUGCAGCAACGGGAAGCAAAUCUUGCAGCACUGGCUGCCAUCGGACCAAGGAAAAGAAAAAUGCCCGAUUCACCAGGUCUCCGAACAGGAAAUGAGGGCUUGGGCGGCAGUGGGAAUGCGCCUGGUGGUCUUCGAGCGACACCAGCCCGACCCUACCUACGGCAGAGGGUAACACGAGUCAAUCUCAGGGAUCUCAUCCUGUGCUUGGAGCAGGACCAAGCAAGGAAACACUCACUGCUUCUGUACCGAGCCUAUCUCAAGUGAAGAAAAUGUGCAUGUUGGAUUUAUGUUGGUUGCACACAGUUCUGCUGAACGAUUCCUACAUGUUGCUUCUAGAAACUGUGACUCUGAAUCUUGGGUAGCCCUUGUUUACUCUCAUGACAUUUCAUUUUUAAAAAACACUGACGGGUAUAACUUUAAUUUGGUUUCAUGGAUGAAACUGAAUUCUUGAACAGGCAAGAUGUGGAUUAUGUAGAAUUUUCUGGCGUCACUUGUGAAAUUUAGUUCCCUCCUGUUGAAAGAUUGAGAGAACUGGGAUGGAGCAGAUAUAUAUUAUUUAUAGUAUGAUUGAUUGCAAUUGUUCCCUACUGAAUUGAACUUUCCUACUGAUAACUGUGGUACACCGUGUUGCUAAAGAGCUUGCAAUGUUGCCUUCCCCUCAGCUGUGCUUUAUCUGUGUUUUUGUUUUGGGACAUGUUGCUCUGUCAGGGUAAAUCGUCUCCUGCUUUCCUCUGGGAUCUUGGAGCUGCCUAUUCUGUAGAACGGGUGAAUCUCCUGUUCCACCUCAGUACUUAGAUGGUGCACCUUUUCAUCACCGAGUUUUAAUCAUGCCUACGUCACAGGCAUGGUCUUGCUUAUCAGACUUGAACCAGUUAUUUUUCGUUGUCUUUUUAAACUACUUCAAAGCAAUAAUUUUGUGACCAAUUUAACCAUUCCUGAGUGGUCUAGUGCCCUUAAUUUCUAAGCACUGACUGCAAUACAAGAUAAUAUCCCCCAUUUUCCAGCUGGUUCACCUUACUUAACAUGCCUUCGUCAGGAUUUCAUUCACUACUCUGCCUGCUUACCAGCCAAGUCUGGACUUCCAGAGGAGCAUGGAGUUACACGCAGGCAUGGGCAGAUUAAUAGAUGAGAAAGCGAUGCAGCUCAUCUCACUGCACUAACUGCUUAACUGUUAGCUUUAACAAACCUUAAAUAACUCAUAAAGUCAUUGCUGAAAUUCAACCUCAGUAAUUCAGCUUGCACGUAGCAGUUGAACUGAGGCCCAUUGUUGAUAGUCAUUCCCAAUGUUUUAGUAUUGCAUUCUGAAUUUCUGAUAUUGCCCUUUUUUUUGUAAAUCCCAUGGUGAUUAUAUAGUCACAGAAAUGCCUAAACUGGAAGAAGGUACUUUCGAAAUGUAAUUGUUUAAGAUUUUUCUCAGCAGCUUUGUGGAUUCUAGCUCUCGUUGAGGUUUUUAGUGCAAAAGGUGUAGCUUUUAGCACCUAGAGCAGAAUGUGGAAGUGUUGAAGAUGCUACCUCUUAAAUAACGUGGGCUAAAGGGAUCGCUGUCUGAAGCAGUUGUCCCCCUGAAGCCCCGUACAGCACGUAGACUGAUCAGUGUGACCAAAACCAAUGUUUGCCAGCCAUUUAUUUACUGACUGUGAAACCAGACUAUUGCACUUGCCCACAGAGCCAGAGUUGGGCACACUUGAAAAGUCGUUGAACUGUAGCAAGCCAUUCUGUUACUUAUCAGGGGUAACAGUUCUGUCUGUCUCAGAAGAAAUGCAGGGAGUUGGGGUUUCAUUGGCAUUUGCUGUCUAUCAUCCACCAGUGUCUGACAUUCUGUUUAUCCUUUAUGCUAGGAAUAUAACAAAUGGAGACAAAUUGGAGGUGACUUUGCUUGACAUUCAACAAUCAUUCUGUGAAUAACUAUACUCCCAAAUCUAUUAUUUCAGGUCUUCCACUCUGGGCAUGGUUUUUUUUCCCCUCCACUACAAAAGAGUGUGCUUGAUCAAUUGUAUUAUUUACUUUUGCCCUUACUAAAUAUAACCACCUUCAAUAUACUCGUAUUAAUCAUAUACUGAUACAUGCACCUGCUCAGCAAGGUAUGUAUGUAGGCAAGGGACGGGGUAUCAGAACUCUUCCCAACAUCUAAAGAUAUCCUUGUAAUUCUCUUCUAACCAUCACCCCUCCCCAUAUGUUAGUUGCCACACUUCAGUGAGCAGGAUCCAAAGUUUCUUGGCUAGCUCCCUCCGUCAGCUGGGAGGCCACCAAGGAACCCUGCCUUAUGGGGUCAGUUCCACUCCUGGGAUCUUUAUUUGCAGCUGCCCUCUUGGGAAAUCAAAUGAGGAAACUCAGCAGAGUUGCUUCGGCAGAUGCAGUGCUGUUGCUGUGUGCGAUCCGAGGAUGAGCUUCUAACCUGCUCGAUUUGUUUGAGAGUGUCAACGAAGCCUCAGUGAGCAGGGCUGUCAGGCGUAGCGUCGAGAUGAGCGUGUGAAGGCCAGAGCAACUUGGAGCUUCUCAGCUUGCGUCUGUACUGUCAGUGCCCCAUCUUUCUGUGUGCAGAGACUUGCCUUGUUCCUGCAUGAUGUAGAUUCAGGCAUGGUCUUCUGGUCUGUUCCUUGUUGGGUUUCUCUCACUGCUCCUCCCACUCCCAUUGUUAAAUCUGAGCAAAUGAGAUGUAGGAAAGAUUAAUGCAGCCAUCAUGUUAAAGCACAGUGGCAACAUGAUGUUCGCAACAUUAUUCAGCCACUUUAACACAUCCAGUGCGAUGUUUAGUGUUUUUUUUUCCCAUUAAGGAUAGAUAAAAGUUUUUUUUAAUGUGUGUAUAUUAAGCAGCUCCGUUCCUUGGGGAUAUUCUGCAAUAGAAGUAUAAUUUUGAUGCCAUUUUGAGUAAUAUAUAGAAUGUGAUUUUUAUUUUUCAUUAUGUAAAGGUGGGCAAUGACAUGAAAUGUGAAAUAGUUUUCAUGUUUCCGAUGGUUUGUAGUUGCCUUCAACGUUUUGGAAGUUGGAGGAGAUAGAGAAAAGCGAAUGAUGUUCCUUUAUAAUGUCACUUGCUGUCUUGGAAUUUCUGGAGAACCUCUGAACCAAUUAAAACCAGGCGGUGGCUCAGUAAAUAGUAAAAUGAGAUGCAAGCCUGAGUUAUAUAAAAGAGGAUGUUUUGACACAUGUGCAUUAUUACUGGUAUCAGGUUCCUUUAUUUGUACAUAUUCCUACAGGCAGUAAAAUUAUUUUUAUUGUGAUGUACAUAACUAUAGUUAAAGAAAUGUAGUUUACGUUGAUUAUUUCAACUUAUUUUGUAUAAAACUUUAUUUUCA